CUUUUUUCUUUUGGUUUUCUUUUUAUUCGUCCAGUACUGUGUGAACUGUUUGACGUAUUUUUUUUAUUUAAAUUUAAUUUUAUUGAUGGAUUAUUGGUCUCUUUUUAGUUUCUGUGGACUUCUAUUUAUUUAUUUCAAAUUUGAUUCUACUUUUGUAGAGAUAAAAAAUGAGUUUUUGCAAACCCUUGUAUUUCUGGUUAUUUCAGAUGUAAAGAUAUGGAGAAAGAAAAAAAAAAUUACAGAGGAAAAACAAAGAUUUGCUUUUGCGUUUAAUAGACCUCAAUAUGUAUUAUGUAAUUUGCUUUUGGAAUUUCGAAAUGGCAGUUUGGAUGGCUGUUUCUCUUCCAUAAGGAGCAUUAGUUGCUCUAUGGUUCAUCAUGAAAAUGCAUUGCAUAAUUUUUCUGCUCUUAAAUGUAAUAAGCAAUGAUGAAAGAUAGGUUUGGAGGCAUAGAGUUGGGCGAAUGGGGAUCCAAACGAUGGGAUCUCAAAGUAAUGGCCAACAGUCUCAUCUGCAGCCACCCUAUCAGUUGAGAAGGCAAAACUCGUGGUUUAGUUUAACUCUUAAUGAAGUGGAAAACCAACUAGAAAAUCUAGGAAAACCCUUGGGUAGCAUGAACCUUGAUGAGCUGCUAAAAAAUGUUUGGAGCACUGAAGCAAAUCAUUUGGACAUUGAAAAUACCUCCUCAGCAUCUUCUCUCCAGCAGCAAUCUAGCUUAACAUUGGCUAGAGCAUUAAGUGGUAAAACGGUGGAUCAGGUAUGGAAGGAAAUUCUGCAAGGGCAGAAGAAGAGGUUCUGUCAGGAAACAAAAGCCCAGGAAAAAGAACCUACACUCGGUGAAAUAACUUUGGAGGACUUCCUGGUACAGGCAGGGCUUUUUGCUGAAGCUUCAUUAAGUCCUAUGGAAUUGGUCACUGUUGAUACAGUGACCCCUCAAAGUUUCCCACAGAAAAUGGCCUUGUCAUCAUCACCAUCAACCGGCACUUUAUCAGACACAAUGGCGUCAGUGCAAAAAAGGGAUGCUCCAGAUACAGUUGAGAAAAGCAUAGAGAGGAGGUUGAGGAGAAAGAUCAAGAACAGGGAAUCUGCAGCACGUUCUCGAGCUAGAAAACAGGCUUAUCAUAACGAGCUUGUGAGCAAGGUUUCACGUCUGGAGGAGGCAAAUAUAAAGCUGAAGAAAGAGAAGUUUCGGUUUUGGUUUCUCUCUGCCCAACUUGUUCCUCUGGUUUGUGGUUUGGCUGUUCUCCUUUUGUACUGGAUAAUUCCAUUGUAACCAUAGUUAUAAAUUGGGAUCCGUUUUGGCUGGCUGGAAUGGCUGAGAUUCUCCAUUCUAACCAAAAUCUGUAAUGAAAAUCUUUUGAUUUAUUUCUUUGAAUAUUUUUGCCAUUUUGGAAAAAAUGAUUUAGUAUUUAUGAUAAUGUAAAUUAUGCAAAUUUAAUAAUUAUAAUAUUGUAAUGAUUUUGAUUU